UUUGCUGCUCAAGGUCUUUCCCCCAUUUUAACGUGUUUUUAUGGCAGUUGACCAUUAGGUAAGGACGAGUUGAGAAAAACUCGGAGUUUUUCAUCAUUCGAGAGUUAUGGGAAAACCACCAAAACCUCGUCUUUCUCAAUCACCAUCACCAACUUCUUAUCGAGGUGAUCGACAGCACCAGAUAAAUCUUCUAACUACUGAAUUCGACAAAAUUAAACACGGACAAUGUGUUGCGAAGACAUCUAAUGAUAAUUUUGUGAGUACCAACCGUUAUGAACAUCUGGAAAGUAUAGAAUUUUCACCUCCAGUUAUUGAAGGUGACAAUGAAGGUGCUGAAAAGUCAUUUGAAACAACUAGUCGGAAGUCUACUUGGAAUGAUGGUGAGCAAAAUGAAGAUGAAACAGCAUAUAUCUUCAAUGAAACACCAAUUGACAAAAGACAAAUAACAAAAUGGAUUGAUCAAGUUUUUACACCCACUGAAAAUUUCAACACUUCAUCACACCAUUCUACCAGAUUGAACUUCAACCAGAAGUUAGACGCAGUUAACCCACAAACUUUAAAUCCAGAAGAUGAUAUUUUAGCACAAUGGCGUUUACGUCGUCGAAUGGAACAAGCGAGAUUGGAAAUUUCAAAUAGUCCAAUUCAUAAUACAACUAGAUGUUUUCAGUCAACAGCAACACCAUUUUUAAAUACAAAUCUGCGCUCACAACAUUUUCAGUUCUCUAAUCAAACAAGGAUGAUGUCUAAUAAUCUGCUGUGUUUACCAACGGAUAAGUCAAUUCAACAUCUUCCAACUAAGAUAUAUCUGAAAGAUGUAAGUAUUCAAUGCAAUGUUGAACAGAAAUAUCCAGUCAAUGAUUGUCAAGUUCAAACAAAUCAACUCAGCUUAAAUGAUUUAUUCGUUGGUUCCAAAUCAACUGAACUGUUGAAUAUAUCGAAUGUGCAUGAGGUUGCAACUAUGACGGACAUCAAUAUGAAUGUGCCUGGAACUCCUUUCUCACCAGCAAAGCGGAAAUCAGUACGUAUUAUGGCACGACCACAAUCAAGGAAUGUUAAACUUCAGACACCAUGGAGUAUGAUACCAUACAAUACAUUAAAUGGGUCAAAUAAAUAUCCAAUGUGUAAAAAUGUCUGCAUAUCUGUGGAUAAAACACAUCACCAACCAAUUACAACAAUGACUAGUAUACCAACUACCUCUGCUAGCGUCAAUACUAGUUCAGUAGUGAAUUAUGAUUCUUGUAUCCCUCAUCCUUAUCCAGUUGAUACUGACAGUAUUCAGUCUAUUGAAGAGCCUGAUAGUUGGAUAUGGCCUACAACUGCAUCCGCAAGAAGUGAUUGUACACUCGUACAAGGAAGUGAUUCUCGCCAGCGUCAUAUAUCUAAUUCAUUAGAUAAUGUAUCCAGUACUCAACUACCUGGUCUUACAUCCACUGAAUAUACAGCUGCUAAAUUUAUGUUUGGUGAAGAUGUUCAAAUAGGUUUAACAAUAGCCCGUUAUAUGGAAGAAAAUUUGAAUAUGGAUGAAGUAUCACCUGAAACUUGUCCAGAAGACGAAAUUUUACAAGAUUUACAAAAACGUAGAGCUGAUUGUAUUGCAAAAAUGAAGUUAGUCAUGAAACAAAUUCAUGAACGGGAAAAAGAACUGAUAAACGAUUCAAAAUAUCCAGAGUAAUUUCAGACUAAAGGUUCGACAUCAUUCUAUGAUUAACACUUUCAUUUGUGAUAUUACCUAUAUUUCAUUGUAUACAAUAACACUACUGCGUAUGCUUUAUAUUAAAAUGUUAUUCUGAUUAUUACAACUGUUGGUUUCUUGAGAUGCCUGUGCAAAUACUUAUUUCAAAAAUUCAUCACUUUCCACUCAGAUGCUCCAAAAAGUAUGUGUUUAGAAAUUGACGUAACAGUUAAAGAGAUAUGGCUGAGCAUGUUGACCAGUUCGCUUAAAUGAAAAAUCACACCAACCGCGAGGAAAUGGAAAAAAUAUGUACCGUCAACUUGGCUUCUGUCAGGGAUGCCUAUAUCCCUUAUAUUCCAUACUUACAGUUUGGAUAUAUUUGAACCGUUGUACCUCACGCUCUUUUUCUCACCCAUGGGUCAUAUUUCGUUUGACCCACUAGCUUUCUGGUUGGCUACUGCCUCUUCAAGCGUACUAAUUAUUCGUUAUCUUUCAAGGUUACUGUAAACUCUGUAAAUAGGGUCCGUUUUCACUUAUAAACGUUUUCAGUCCAAGAUACUAUAAACUCAUCUGAUUUCCAGUCUUUUGACUUCUCUUUGCGAAUCACUCGG